GCAAUCCUUCAGGGAAGGAGGGAGGGCGGCCAAGUCUCCUGCUCCGUUAGCCGAGGAGUCUCUGUAGAGGAGGUCUCUGUAGAGGAGGUUUCUGUAGAGGAGGUUUCUGUAGGAGAAGAACAGCUCCGAGUUCAGGCGUGGGAAGGCGAGCAGGAAGUCGUCUGGCUGGGGGGGGUACGUCGGUGUACAUGAGGAUCGAUAAGCACACUUUGGGUAAACGAGGGGCUCAACAUGCACCGAAUAACGGGGAAAUCUGGAGGGGACAGCUUAAUAGAGAUGAGCCCGACAGAGUCUGUGAAUGAUGAUAUGAAUGGCUACCACCAACAUGCGUCGUCCAGCUCAGGGUCCCUCCAGCAGGGACAAUCGGCGUCUCCUUUAACGCCUGAUGUGUGUGUAGAGACCUGUGAGUCUCUCAACACCAGCCUGGCCUCCCUGGUCUCCCUGACCCCCUCUAAUCACAGCGACAGUCCACAGCGUGAGGCUCAGACCUCAGAACAAAUUAAUUCUUUGACUGGGCUGUCGAGAAAGCGGGCGCUUUUCCUGAAGUUUCGUUCUAGGAUUGACAAACAACAACAUAGUAAAGACUCUGUGUUCUUCCGCGAUGGAGUGCGCAGGAUUGAUUUUGUCCUGUCCUAUGUUGAUGAUAAAGAUGGUGAGAGAAAACAGGAGAGGAGGAAGGUGUAUGAGGCCAAUCUAGAGAAAGUCGGCCUGGAGCUGGAGAUAGAAGAUAAAUCAGAGUCAGAAGAUGGAAAGACUUCUUUUGUGAAGAUCCACGCUCCAUGGGAGGUGUUGGCCACCUACGCAGACGUGCUGAAGAUCAAGGUCCCAUUCAAGGUCAACGACAUCCCUGACAACAGCGAGAUGCCCAUGAACUGGCUGUCCACCCCUUUUCGUCUGCCAGAGCACAUCAUGCACCCUGAGCCAGACUUUUUCACAGCUCCCUUCAACAAGAGCAAGUCUGACUUCUUCCUUAUCGACAACAAAGACACGUUCUUCCCCCCUUCUACUCGCAACAGGAUAGUCUACUACAUCUUGUCCCGCUGUUCAUACUUUAGAGAUGAAUGUGGAGAUAAAGACAAGAAGGGAAUCAAGAGGUUACUUAACAACAGCACCUACACUGCUGCCUUUCCGCUUCAUGAUUCUAGAUACUGGAAGAGAUCGAGGGACGCUAACUGCGAAAGUGAGAGAUUCAGUCUCUAUAAACACUGGGCUGGUUUCCUCUCUUUCUUCAAGGAGCAGCCCCUCAAUCUUGUACGGAAGUAUUAUGGGGAGAAGAUAGGUAUUUAUUUUGCGUGGCUGGGUUUCUACACUGAGAUGCUGUUGUUUGCGGCAAUAGUCGGGACAAUUUGUUUCAUCUACGGAUUCCUCACAUACGAUGACAACGAGUGGAGUAAAGAAAUCUGUAGUGAGGCAGUUGGUGGCGCAAUUGUCAUGUGUCCGCUGUGUGACAAGAAAUGUGGUUACUGGAAACUCAACUCAACAUGCAACUCCUCAUGGCAAUCACACCUGUUUGACAAUGUGGGAACAGUGUUUUUUGCCAUAUUUAUGGGGAUAUGGGUGACGCUGUUUCUGGAGUUCUGGAAGAGACGGCAGGCUCGUCUUGAGUACGAGUGGGAUCUGGUUGACUUUGAGGAGGAGCAACAGCAGCUGCAGCUUCGGCCAGAGUAUGAGACCAAGUGCACCAACCGCAAGAUGAAUCGCAUCACUCAGGAACCGGAGUGGGUUCUUGAAAGGACUGCUACAGAUCUAAUGGCAAAAUUGCUUCUUUGCUGGGUCACCGUGUUACUCUGGAUCUCAUUGAUCAUUGCCUGCAUCAUUGGGGUGAUAGCGUACCGCCUGGCGGUAUACGCAGCCUUCGCCAGCAUCAUGAAGGACAGUCCCACCACCCACCUGCAGGUGGUUGGCCCCUUCAUUACACCGCAGCUGGCCACCUCUGUCACCGCCUCCUGCAUCAACUUUGUCAUCAUCAUGAUCCUCAACCUCAUGUAUGAGAGAGUGGCUGUUUGGAUCACUGACAUGGAAAUUCCCAAGACCCACCUGGAGUAUGAGAACAAACUGACGGUGAAGAUGUUCCUCUUUCAAUUUGUCAACUACUACUCCUCCUGCUUCUACGUGGCUUUCUUUAAGGGCAAGUUUGUCGGCUAUCCUGGAGACUAUGCUUAUAUGUUUGGGAGCAAACUGAGGAAUGAAGAGUGUGACCCUGGUGGCUGUUUGAUUGAGUUGACCACCCAGCUGGUGAUAGUGAUGACUGGGAAACAGGUGUGGGGCAACAUCCAGGAGGCUCUUGUCCCGUGGCUGAUGAACUGGUGGGGCAGCAGAAAGGCACGAAGCCAUCCAGAGAGUCUAUACAGCCGCUGGGAGCAGGACCAUGACCUGCAGGGCUUUGGACAGCUCGGCCUCUUCUAUGAGUACCUGGAAAUGGUGAUCCAGUUUGGUUUCAUCACACUGUUUGUCGCCUCCUUCCCCCUGGCACCCCUGAUGGCUCUCAUUAACAACAUCAUCGAGGUUAGAGUGGACGCCUGGAAGCUCACCACUCAGUUCAGACGUCCCGUGGCAGCGAAGGCCCACAGCAUCGGAGCCUGGCAGGAAAUCCUCAAUGGGAUGGCCGUACUCUCUGUUGUCACAAAUGCGUUCAUUGUGGCCUUCACCUCUGAUAUGAUCCCUCGGCUCGUGUACAUGUACGCCUACCAGCCGAAGGGUGAGAUGAAUAUGAAAGGAUACAUAAACAACAGCCUGUCUGUGUUUAAUAUCUCUGCAAUCCCACUGGCCAACAAGCCCGAGGACGGGGAGAACCCUUUCUGGUUCAACAGCUCCAUCACUACCUGCAGGUAUCGUGAUUACCGCUAUCCUCCUGGCCAUGAGAAGGAGUACUCCCACACCAUGCAGUUCUGGCACAUUCUGGCUGCCAAGCUGGCUUUCAUCAUUAUCAUGGAGCAUGUUGUGUUCCUGGUCAAGUUCUUUGUGGCCUGGAUGAUUCCCGACAUUCCCUCUGACGUGAGGGCCCGGGUCAAGAGAGAGCGUUACCUGGUCCAGGAGUAUCUCCACAACUAUGAAGUGGAGAAGCUGAAGGUCCAACUCAGCCAAAACACCCACGACGAGUGUACCUGCACGCCCAUGAUCUAUCCAUCUUUACCCAAACAUGAGGUGCUGUCAGAAUGUCUCUAGCACAGCAAGCUGCUGGUCAGUCAGCUGGACAUGAUGGGAGGACAUGUUGAUGUAGAUUGCCCUGCUUGUGUAUUAUAAUACUGACCAUCACUUUUCUGUAGUGUUUGUUGUUUGUGCAGUAAAAACAGCACACACACAAACCUUUUAUUAAAAAGAUUCACAGCCAUCCCACUUCUACUAUUGUGCUAAAUGUGGAAGUGCACAAAGGUGAAAGUGUUAAUGCAUGCUGAGACUUGAGGCACAUAAAUUUAAACCUCAUAUUUAUGGCCUUUCGCUCUCUGUUUUGUAAUUCUAGCGCUGAGGAUAAUCCAAAUUUGCUGUAUAGAAAGAAAGGAAACCUCAUACACUGUGUCUAAGACAGGCGACUUACUUUUGUUUUAAGACUAUUUAUUUAAGUGCCACUACAAGUAACCAAAGAUUGAAUGCCUUAAUAUAUCACAAACUUAUUGGUUCUAUCUGUCACUAGAAAAACAAUUGAUAUUUUUUUUUGGAAACUGAGAGCUUGCUUAUUGGGUUUGAGUAUUUACCUUGUUCGUAUGUACAGCUGUAUGAAGAGCUCUGGUGUCAUAUACUGUAAGUUUAUGUUCAACUCAAUUGUUUUUUGUUUUGUUUUUUACAGUUACUACGACAAAUGUGAGCAUUGUUUAUUUGACAGCAUUGAGGGUCACAGCACAGAUGUAACUCAGCUUUACCAAAUUAUAUUCUUCACUCCGCUGGCAAUGGACCUGUUAAUAGGCUGGUCACAUUUAGCUUUAAUCUCAUAACAGCCACCCUCAGUUUCUCCAGGCUAUAGUCUGACACAUGAAGUAGCUUUUGAUGAAGACAAAUCUGUGCUGCUGUUACUACUGUGAGUAAGGGCAUAUUUUGUCCUGCGAUGGCCAGUUUUUUGAGCAGCAACAGCAGCUGGUGCGUGUUGACUGUUGACAGUGAGUCCUGUUCCUGGAGAUGAGAAGUGAAAAGCCCUGAGAGAGUGAAGAGAUCCCUUUUUAAUGUGCCUCUGUUUACCAACACGUCGAAGUUAAUGAAAGCCUGCCCCUACCUACUGAACUAUGUUUGCUCCGUUAGACAAAGCACAUCAGCCAUCACCCAGUUCUUGUGCUUCUGGUUUCCUCAGCUGUGUAGAAAAGGAAAGAUACACAUUCUUUUUUUUAUUAUUAUUAUUUUGCACAAAGCACUUAAUGAAACGUGACUACCAAAAUAAAAAACAUGUCAGUCUAAUAGUUGUCAUGACACUACGAAUUCAUAAUCAGUGUUUUGAAGCAGAAAUGUGUGAUAAUCUUUAAAUUGAACAAGAGUUUUACUGUAAGUAAGAAGAGUUGAAGAGUUCCCUGUUCUGAAUUUGAUGUUUAUGUAUGAAGCUUAAACAAGGAGAAAGAUGUAGCUUUUUGUUUUGAAAUUAUCUGAAGUACAUUUUUUUAUUAGGCUGCCUACAUAGAAAUAUGUGAAAAAAUAUCUGUUUGUUUUAAGUAUUUGAAUUUUAGGUAAAAUAGCUGACUGCUACAAACUCAGGCGACUUAAUAUAUGUUUGUUUGAGAUGCAUGUAGAUGUCAACAGAUGUGAGAGCAAUGUUCCAGUUUCCCUUUACAUGCCCUGCGCUCAGCUAAACUUGUGCCUGUUGAUGCCUUAAUACAUCUAAUAUCUUGUUUUCUAUUGUAUUCCCUUGUACAUCUCCUUUUAACUCACUUUUUUUCUCUCUCUGUCUCUUUGUUACGCUUUAAUAUUUUUAUUUUAUACUGUCACCAUGCUUGAAAAAAUGGUGAACCUGUUUACUGUAUGCUUACAAGUUACAUUUUCAUUUUUUCAUUCAUCUGUUUGUUAUUUUUGUAACGGUCUCUGUAUCUAACUGCAUUGUAAACCAAGACGAAUCUCCAAAAUAAAGUACUAGUUCAACUUGA